AUGGGACAUGCAGUUCCUUCAAUGGUCUUGAGCACGUCGAUAACUCGCACUUGCGGUCAUGGCAUUAUAAGAAAUCCAUCAAAGCGUGCAUUUCACUCGUUCUCCAGGAGGGACAAGCCGAUUCUUGAUCCGCGCUUAGAGGAUCAUGGGCACGUUAUUCAUGACAAAUAUUCAGUCAUUCGAGAUAGCUACGAUGCCCCAAAGCACCCAGUAGUCCUCGCUCAUGGGCUGUUGGGCUUUGAUGAGUUGCGGCUGGCCGGUCCCUAUCUUCCCAGUGUCCAAUAUUGGCGCGGAAUCAAAGAAGCAUUGGCCACUCAAGGUAUUGAAGUGAUAACUGCUACUGUUCCUCCUUCUUCGUCGAUCGAACAACGUGCCGAGGAACUAGCCCGUGAUAUCGAGGCCGGAGCACGAGGAAAGGAUGUAAAUAUAAUUGCUCAUAGUAUGGGUGGCCUUGACUCUCGAUAUAUGAUUAGUCGGCUCAAACAAGAGAAGUUCAAAGUGCUCUCGUUAACAACUAUCGCUACUCCGCAUCGAGGUUCUGCUGUUGCAGAUUACGUCUUUGACCAAAUUGGAGCCGAUCGACUCCCGCAGAUUUACUAUACUUUGAACCGGCUUAGUGUUGAGACCGGUGCAUUUGCCCAAUUAACCAGGAAGUACAUGUCUGAAACAUUCAAUCCGAGUACACCAGACGUUAAUGAUGUUCGAUAUUUUUCCUAUGGGGCAGCAGUUGAUCCUAGUAUCUGGUCUGUCUUCCGUUUAUCUCACAAGAUUCUCGCUGCGGCGGAAGGUCCCAAUGAUGGGCUCGUGAGUGUUGCGAGUAGCCGAUGGGGUGGGGAAGACGGAUAUAAGGGGACACUGGUGGGAGUCAGCCAUUUGGAUUUGAUAAACUGGAGCAACAGAGUAAAAUGGCUUCUUGGAGAAGUCAUGGGUCAACGGCGAAAUUUCAAUGCCAUUGCUUUUUACUUGGACAUCGCAGACAUGUUGGCGAAAGAAGGCCUUUGA